AGUAAGACAUACAUCUGCGUGCUACGACAGAGACUACCUACCUACUACACAGGGUCCUGAGACAAGUGAAGCAGCACCGAAAUGAACUGCAGCCAUCAUCGUCAUCACCGACGGCCGCCUAUAACCCAACCCAGCCAAUUGUCAUGUACACCUACGUGCCUAUGCACGCCCCGACGUCACUCAUCUCUCUCCCUCCUCACUACCCGACGAUUACCGCCCACCCGUCUCUUCCAACAAAUACCCUCACCCCCCCUUCAACACGCCCACGCACCCAGCCGACGACCCCAGACCCCGGCUAUACUAAGCCUCAUUUCUCUCGCUCUCCCGCCCUCUUCCUUCCCCCCCCCUCCCCUUCCCCUCCCCUACACCAAGCACACCUACGUCACCUCCCCCCUCCCCUACCUAGGCCCUUACCCUGUUUUCCUCGCGCCAUGACGUCCGCCGGCGGCGGCACAACAACAACCACACCAGCCCUCGCAGGCUGCGCAGAGACCAACCGCCUGCGCGCGCCCUGCCGGCGGUCUGUCUGCGGCGGCCGGGGCGCACCGGUCUGCGACGUGUCUCGCAUUCCCCGCGCGCAGGUCGGCGCCGGGAACCCCCCCCCUCCCCCCUCUCCGGGCGCCACGCGUGCACGUACCUACCUGCCUGCCCCUCGCGUCCCGUUGCCCUGUGCCGCGAGAGCGAGAGCGAGAGCGAGAGACAUCGGCAUCUACUGCCUUCCGCGCACGCACAGGUGCGCAGGCAAGGCGCGCUCGCGGCUACGGUCGGUCCAACUACGCAUGGCUCCCAGGGGAAUGUAGGAAGGUGUCUGUCUCGUCGGCGUCGCGAGCAGCCUACAUCCUGGGCGCCCACCGGCAGGUACACGCCGCGCCGCCUUCGUUUUUUUUUUUUUUUUCGUCCGCGGCCCCUGUGUCUCCGUCCGGCUUCCCCCACCUGGCAGCUCCGCAUCGAGGUAGGGUCGGGCCCGUACCGGACCCGGGUCCGAUUCGUCGGCUAGCUCAACCCAACCCAACCCCGCUUCUCUCUCAUCCCUCCGUAAGCGACCCCGGUAGAGACAAUAAUCUUUCGGCUGGAAAAAAGAGGAAAAAAAAGAUAGGUAUUGUCACGGAGCUUUGCCGCUCUAAGCAACGGAUUGUCGGGUAGGCUGCGCGCAGGGGGAGCGAGGGAGUGUAAGUGAGAAAAAGUCAUAUUUGGCCGACUUGGGUAGGUAGCUAGGAAGGAAAGACAAGAAAGAGUGCGAAGCUAGUCUAUAUAUAUACAUAUAUAUAUAUGUGUGUGUGUGUGUGUGUGUGCUCAACCGGCUUGGGUGAGCUAGGUUGCACUCAAUGUAGGUGUAGUAGCUC